ACCUGGUCAUGGUGGGUUCCAUCUCGCUUGUCUCAUGAAUUGUCAUGGCUGCACGCUCGUCGGGUUUGGAAGCCAUGCUGAUCUGUGAACUCCUUCGCGGCAUCAUUGCAUUCUCGCUUUCGGUGUCCAGACGGUCUUUCUAUCGGCUUUCACCAGCGUUGAGGCUCCUCAUCGAUCAUGCAAUUCUUUCGCAGUACGCGGAUGAGUUUCGGCAAUCAGAUCGUGCCUAUUGCUUCAAACCCGGCCCGGGUUUUCAGAUACACAAAUCUUUCCAAGCGCGCAGUAGCAAGAUGAAGACCCAGAUCGUUGGGUUCAACGUGUUAGUCAUGCUGUACGCGUACCAUAAACCCCAAAGUCCGGGUCGAUGUGCUCGACCAUGAUCAGGGUAGCCCAGCCAAAGAUCUCGCAAGGGCCGGGAAGAAGAAAUGACCGAGGUAUUCUGCCUUGAAAUGGACAUACUCUGGAAGACGACUGCCGGGAGCUCCUUGAGGUUGUCUAGCUUCGUACAACACACCGAUGGAGCUAUCGGUUAGAACAGGUCCAUCGGUGGAGGCUAGCUAGACAAAUAGGACGAAGGG